AUGAGUGCGAACCUGAAGAAGUUUAUGGAGUAUGUUCAGCAGAGGAACAUUGAGAAGGUGUCCAAAUUCCUGGAGAAAGGUCUGGACCCCAACUUCCACGACCCUGAAUCGGGAGAAUGUCCUCUGACCAUGGCAUCUCAGCUGGAGGGCUGUGCAGACCUCAUCAAGGUGCUGAAGAGUGGAGGAGCUCACCUGGACUUCAGGACCCAAGACGGCAUCACUGCCCUGCACAAGGCUGUCCGAACCAAGAACCAUACAGCGCUCAUAACGUUGCUGGACCUGGGUGCGUCUCCUGACUAUAAGGACAGUCGAGGGUUAAGUCCGCUCUAUCACAGCUCUAUGGUAGGAGGAGACCCCUACUGCUGUGAAUUACUGCUCCACGACCACGCUCAGGUGGGCUGUGUGGACGAGAACGGAUGGCAGGAGAUACACCAGGCGUGUCGUCAUGGUCACGUUCAGCACUUGGAGCACCUGCUGUUUUACGGAGCUGACAUGGCCGCCCAGAACGCCUCUGGAAACACCGCCCUGCACGUCUGUGCCCUCUACAACCAGGAUAGCUGUACCAGAGUUCUACUGUUUCGGGGAGUGAAUAAAGAGAUCAAGAACUACAACAGCCAGACGGCAUUUCAGGUUGCCAUUAUAGCAGGAAACUUUGACCUGGCCGAAAUCAUUAAGAUCCACAAAGUGUCAGACGUUGUGCCUUUCAGGGAGACCCCCUCCUACACUAACCGUAGACGUGUGUUGGUGGGAGGACUGCCCUCGCCCCGCUCCCUUCUGCGCUCCGCUAGCGACAACAACCUCAACGGGGAGAGUGUUCACGGUCUGGGGCAGGGCCUGCGGCAGGGUCACGGUCGACAGGGUCAGUCUCCUGUCCCCUCUCUGAGGAGCCUGCCUGCACUGGGACAACACCAACAACACGCCAGCCUGGGGGAGACUCAUCAUGGAGAGGUGCCAGACAGCAGUCUCCAGAGCACAGGCAGCUCUCGCUCCUCCCACUCUCGCUCUCCCUCGCUACACAGUCAUCUGCAUGAGGACGAUCAGAGCGUCAGGAGGACACACGGACACGCUCUGGGACAUGUCCAUCGAGGACGCCUCAGGUGAGACGGACAAUCAAUCAAUCAUAUAUCGAAUACCUUGGGGGACAUUGAACUGUGCUGUUGUCUGUUCUAAUAGGCCAGCUCCUCCUCUCUCCUCCUUGUCCUUGUCUCUCAAGUGUCUUACUCACAGAGUGG